AUGGCCGCUGAUGUUAUGGGCUCUCAUCAUGGGGAGAAACAUCGUCUCUCAGAGCUGAGGAUUGUGCUGCUGGGGUGGAGAUGGAGUGGGAAGAGUUCAGCAGGAAACACCAUCCUGGGCAGCGAGGAGUUUGAGACUGGAAUAAGAACUGCGCAGUGUGUGAAGAGACAGGGUGAAGUAGCUGGGAGACUGAUCACUGUGGUUGACACGCCAGGCUGGUGGAAAAUAUAUUUCCUGAAUGAUACUGCAGAGUUUGAUAAACAGGAGAUUGUGCGCAGUGUGUCUCUGUGUCCCCCGGGACCCUGCACUUUUUUCCUGAUCAUUAAUGUGAGCUCACCAUUCAGAGAUACAGAGAGGAGAUCAGUGGUGGAACACCUGGAGCUUCUCAGUGAGAAAGUCUGGAGACACACUAUAGUGCUGUUCACCAGGGGAGACUGGCUGGGAGACAUAACCAUAGAGCACCACAUUGAGACUGAAGGGAGGGCCCUCCAGGAGCUCAUAGAGAAAUGUGGGAACAGGUAUCAUGUUCUCAAUAAUGAGAACAGGACUGAUGGGACUCAGGUCACAGAGCUGCUGGAGAAGAUUGAGGAGAUGGUGGCAGGGCAUGGAGGCUCUCACUAUCAAAUAGACAGAAUGUUCUUACAGGGGGUGGAAAAGAAGAGAAGGGCAGUGGAAGAACGAGCAAAACAGAGGAUGAUGAAGGUUGAGAAACAGAGGAAGACACUCAGAGCACUUGUUGAGGGGGAGCAACGUCUCUCAGAGCUGAGGAUCGUGCUGCUGGGGGAGAGAGCGAGUGGGAAGACUUCAGCAGGAAACACCAUCCUGGGCAGCGAGGAGUUUGAGACUGGAAUAAAAACUGCGCAGUGUCUGAAGAGACAGGGUGAAGUAGCUGGGAGACUGGUCACUGUGGUCGACACACCAGGCUGGUGGAAGAAUUGUUCUGUGCAUUACACUGCAGAGAUGGAUAAACAGGAGAUUGUGCGCAGUGUGUCUCUGUGUCCCCCGGGACCCUGUGCUCUCUUCCUGGUCAUUAAUAUCAGAUCAGCAUUCAGAGCUAAAGAGAGGAGAUCAGUGGUGGAACACCUGGAGCUUCUCAGUGAGAGAGUCUGGAGCCACACUAUAGUGCUGUUCACCUGGGGAGACUGGCUGGGAGAUACAACCAUAGAGCAGCACAUUGAGACUGAAGGGAGGGCCAUCCAAGAGCUCAUAGAGAAAUGUGGGAACAGGUAUCAUGUGCUCAACAAUGUGAACAGGGCUAAUGGGACUCAGGUCACAGAGCUGCUGGAGAAGAUUGAGGAGAUGAUGGCAGGGCAUGGAGGCUCUCACUAUGAAAUAGACAAAAUGUUCCUACAGGAGGUUGAAGAGAAGAGGAGGGCAGUAGAAGAAAGAGCAAAACAGAGGACAAUGACAGUUGAGGAACAGAGAAUGGCUCUCAAAGCACUUUUGGAGGGGGAGAAACACCGUCUCUCAGAGCUGAGAAUUGUGCUGCUGGGGUGGAAAUGGAGUGGGAAAAGUUCAGUAGGAAACACCAUCCUGGGCAGAGAGGAGUUUCAGUCUGGUGUAACAACUGCACAGUGUGUGAAGAGACAGGGUGAAGUAGCUGGGAGACUGCUCACUGUGGUCGACACACCCGGCUGGUGGAAGAAUUCUUCUGUGAAUUACACUGCAGAGCUGGAUAAACAGGAGAUUGUGCGCAGUGUGUCUCUGUGUCCCCCAGGAUCCUAUGCUAUCAUCCUGGUCAUUGACGUGGGCUCACCAUUCAGAGAAACAGAGAUGAGACCAGUGAUGGAACACCUGGAGCUUCUCAGCGAGAAAGUCUGGAGACACACUAUAGUGCUGUUCACCUGGGGAGACCAGCUGGGAGACACAACCAUAGAGCAGCACAUUGAGACUGAAGGGAGGACCAUCCAAGAGCUCAUAGAGAAAUGUGGGAACAGGUAUCAUGUUCUCAACAAUGAGAACAGGGCUAAUCGGACUCAGGUCACAGAGCUGCUGGAGAAGAUUGAAGAGAUGAUGGCAGGACAUGGAGGCUCUCACUAUCAAAUAGACAGAAUGCUCUUACAGGGGGUGGAAAAGAAGAGAAGGGCAGUGGAAGAACGAGCAAAACAGAGGACGAUUAAGGUUCAUAAACAGAGGAAGACACUCAGAGCACUUUUUGAGGGGGAGGAACAACGUCUCUCAGAGCUGAGGAUUGUGCUGCUGGGGAGGAGGUGGAGUGGGAAGAGUUCAGCAGGGAACACCAUCCUGGGCAGAGAGGACUUUGAGACUGGAAUAAGAACUGCGCAGUGUCUGAAGAGACAGGGUGAAGUAGCUGGGAAACUGCUCACUGUGGUCGACACACCAGGCUGGUGGGGUCUUUAUUCUGUGAAUUACACUGCAGAGCUGGAUAAACAGGAGAUUGUGCGCAGUGUGUCUCUGUGUCCCCCGGGACCCUGUGCUCUCGUCCUACUCCUUGACGUGAGCUCAGCAUUCAGAGAAACAGAGAUGAGGUCAGCGGUGGAACACCUGGAACUUCUCAGUGAGAAAGUCUGGAGACACACUAUAGUGCUGUUCACCAGGGGAGACCAGCUGGGAGACACAACCAUAGAGCAGCACAUUGAGACUGAGGGGAGGGCCCUCCAAGAGCUCAUAGAGAAAUGUGGGAACAGGUAUCAUGUGCUCAACAAUGAGAACAGGGCUGAUGGGACUCAGGUCACAGAGCUGCUGGAGAAGAUUGAGGAGAUGAUGGCAGGGCAUGGAGGCUCUCACUAUGAAAUAGACAGACUGCUCUUACAGGAGGUGGAAGAGAACAGGAGUGCAGUGGAAAAAAGAGCAAAACAGAGGAUGAUGAAGGUUCAGAAACAGAGGAAGACACUCAGAACACUUUUUGAGGGGGAGGACCACGGUCUCUCAGAGCUGAGAAUUGUGCUGCUGGGGUGCAGAGUGAGUGGGAAGAGUUCAGCAGGAAACACCAUCCUGGGCAAAGAGGAGACUGAAAUAACAACAGCACAGUGUGUGAAGAGACAGGGUGAAGUAGCUGGGAGACUGGUCACUGUGGUUGACACACCAGGCUGGUGGACAGCUUCUGUGAAUGACACUGCAGAGCUGGAUAAACAGGAGAUUGUGCGCAGUGUGUCUCUCUGUCCCCCGGGACCCUGCACUUUCUUCCUGGUCAUUGAUGUGAGCUCAGCAUUCAGAGAUACAGAGAGGAGAUCAGUGGUGGAACACCUGGAGCUUCUCAGUGAGAAAGUCUGGAGACACACUAUAGUGCUGUUCACCAGGGGAGACUGGCUGGGAGACACAACCAUAGAGCACCACAUUGAGGCUGAAGGGAGGGCCCUCCAAGAGCUCAUAGAGAAAUGUGGGAACAGGUAUCAUGUUCUCAACAAUAAGAACAGGGCCGAUGGGACUCAGGUCACAGAGCUGCUGGAGAAGAUUGAGGAGAUGGUAGCCAGGAAUAGGGGUGUUCCUUUCACUAUAGACAAAAGAAUAAUUGAAAAAUCAGGCGAGGGAGUCAAAAAUCCAGAAAAUCAAAAAGCUAAAGAUGAAGGUGACAGAGUGGCUGAGUUCAGCAUCAAGUUCAGCAUCAUCUGGAUAUGGAACAGGGAGUUCUGUAAUGAGUGA